GUCAGGAAGGGCAUCUAGUGUAAAAUUUUGCCAAAUCAAUAUGCGGACAACAAUACAAAUUUCCAUACCGGAUCGGUCGAGCCCCGGGUUAACAACGACCGCCACCAGUACUGUUAGCCAACAGGGUGCUGGCGGAAAUUGGGCUACUGUUGGCCGAGGAAGGAGAACAAGAGGGGGGAGACGUGUCCGGAGGCAGGAGGAGAGGAGGAAAGUAAAGAGAGUGGAACUGAGGGUAGGAACUUUGAAUGUUGGCAGUAUGACUGGUAAGGGGAGAGAGUUAGCAGAUAUGAUGGAGAGAAGGAAAGGUUGCUAUAUUGUGCGUGCAAGAGACUAAAUGGAAGGGGAGUAAGGCCAGGUGGAUUGGAGGAUGAUUCAAAUUGUUCUAUCAUGGUGUGGAUGGGAGGAGAAAUUGGGUAGGGGUUAUUCUGAAGGAACAGUAUGUCAAGAGUGUUUUGGAGGUGAAAAGAGUGUCGGGCAGAGUAAUGAUUAUGAAGCUGGUAAUUGGAGGUGUGAUGAUGAAUGUUGUUAGUGCAAGUUGGGUGUGCAAUGGGUGAGAAAGAAGAUUUUUGAAGUGAGUUGGAUGAAGUGAUGAACAGUGUACCCAAGGGACAGAAAGUGGUGAUUGAAGCGGAUUUCAAUUGUCAUGUUGGUGAAGGGAACAGUGGAGACAAGGAGGUGAUAGGUAGGUAUGGUGUCAAGGAGAGGAAUGAAGGUCAGAGGAUAGUGGAUUUUGCCAAAAGGAUGGACAUGGCUGUGGUGAAUACGUAUUUUAAGAAGAGGGUGAAACAUAGGGUUAUGUACAAGAGUGGAGGAAGAUGCACACAAUUAGAUUACAUCCUAUACAGAAGAGUCAAUCUGAAGGAUAUUGAAGACUGCAAAGUGGUGGCAGGGGAAAGUGUAGUUAAGCAGCAUAAGAUGGUGGUCUGUAGGAUGACGUUGGAGAUCAAGAAGAGGAAGAGAGUGAGGGCAGAGCCAAGGAUCAAAUGGUGGAAGUUGAAAAAGGAAGACUGCAAGAUUGAGUUUAGGGAGAAGGUGAGGCAGGCACUGGGUGGUAGUGAAGAAUUACCUGACAGUUGGGGAACUACAGCAGAUUUAGUAAGGGUGACAGCAAGAAGGGUGCUUGGCGUGACAUCUGGACAGAGGAAGGAGGAAAAGGAUACCUGUUGGUGGAAUGGGGAAGUACAAGAGAGUAUACAGAGGAAGAGGAUGGCAAAGAAGUGGGAUAAUCAGAGAGAUGCAGGAAGUAGACAAGAGUACAAGGAGAUAAGGCACAUGGUGAAGAGAGAGGUGGUGAAGGCUAAAGAAAAGGUGUAUGAUGAGUUGUAUGAGAGGUUGGACGCUAAGGAGGGAGAAAAGGACCUGUACUGAUUGGCUAGACAGAGGGACCGAGCUGGGAAAGAUGUGAAGCAGGUUAGGGUAAUAAAGGAUAAAAAUGGAAACAUACUCACAAGUGAGGAGAGUGUGUUGAGCAGAUGGAAAGAGUACUUUGAGAGGCUGAUGAAUGAACAGAAUGAGAGA